UUUCCCUAGUCCGCUCGCUCUUCUUGAUUUCCUCUCUCAAGUCUUACAAGCCUAGGGUUAGGGUUAGCGAUAGGGUUAGGGUUUAUCAUCGGAAUCUUCGAGACCUUCUUUCUUCCACAACAAUCAACAUGGACCCAUCGAAGAAGCGCAAGAUGGAGGAGAAUGGCGUCGUAUCGGCGGCCGCCGCCGACAAUUACCCGCCGUCCCUCACCCUGGAGGACGCUCGGAAGAUGAUCGAGUCCUUCAGCCAUGACCAGCUCCUCGACAUCCUCCAGAACGCGGUGGUCCGCCACGUGGACGUCCUCGACGCCGUCCGAUCGGCCAACCGGGAUAUCGCCCACCGGAAGCUCUUCAUCAGGGGCCUAGGGUUGGACACCACCACCGAUGGCCUCCGCGCCCUCUUCUCCGUCUACGGCGAGCUCGAAGAGGCCGUCGUGAUUCUCGACAAGACCACCGGCAAGAGCAAGGGCUACGGUUUCGUCACCUUCCGCCACGUGGACGGCGCUCUCCUCGCCCUCAAGGAACCCAGCAAGAAGAUUGACGGCCGGAUGACCGUCACGCAGCUCGCCGCGGCGGGGAAUUCCUCCUCCAACACCACCGCCAACCCCGUCUCCGUGGCCUCCGCCGACGUCUCCCAAAGGAAGAUCUACGUCGCCAACGUGCCGUACGACAUGACGCCGGAGAAGCUCUUGGCGCACUUCUCGCUUUUCGGAGAGGUCGAGGAAGGACCGCUAGGGUUCGAUAAGCAGACGGGGAAGUGCAGGGGCUACGCGCUGUUCGUGUACAAGACCCCCGAGGGAGCGCGGGCGGCGCUCGUUGAUCCCGUGAAGACGAUCGAAGGGCGGCAAUUGAGUUGCAAAUUGGCAAUCGACGGGAAGAAGGGGAAGCAGGGUGCGGUGCAGAAUGGUGUUCAGGCGGCAGCCCCGGGAGGUCCGGGGAAUGCUCCGCCGGCUUCUAUGCCCGGGCAAUUCAACGGGCCAGGCGGAAUUGGAUCUUACAGCGGGUUUUCUGGCGUGCCACAGCUGCCGAUUGGCCAUCAUCAUCAGCAUCAUGGUUUGAACCCCUCGUUGGCAGGGCCGCCGGGUGGUCAAGGGCCGUCUUCGCUGGGUGCUGGUGGUGGUUACGGAGCGGGGCUUAGUGGGCCUUAUAGUGGGUAUGGGCCGAAUUCCGCGGGUUAUGGCAGCGGAGCAGGCGGAGGAUUAACUGGUGCAGGUGCUGGGGGUGGUUCUGGUGGAAUGCCGACUGGAGGGUAUCCGGAGAGUGGCCAUUAUGGUUUGUCAUCGUCGUCUGCGUAUCCUAAUCCGCACCACCAGCAACCUGGAACGUCGCCGAUCCCAAGAGUUCCACCUGGAGGAAUGUACCCGCCUCCUUAUUACUGAGGUUUCUGACAGCUUAUUGGGCGCAGAUGCUUUUUAUGGUUCUGGUGAUUGCGUGAUUGCAGACUAUAUGCUCUACUUUGAUGAUUGUAUUAGCAUGCUACUUCACUUCGUCUGCCCUUUUGAGUUGUGGUGCUUUUCUGUGUUGGUAGAAAACAUGAUUAGAGUACAUUAUAUAUAUGCUGAUGUAUUUCUGCCUGGACCUCUCAGCCAUCUGGCUUUCUUUUUUUUAAUCAAUAACAUAGUUUAGCGAUACAAGUUUUGACAUGUAUAUUUUUUUUCUUGUUUUAGCAUUUGUGUAUUCUUGUUGC